AUGAGUGCUUUACAAAGUAUCUUGCUUACUUUAGCACAUCAGUUGCUUUUUUUAUGUGUGUGUGUAUUGGCAACUGGUUUAGAAAAUGACGGAGAAAAAGAGAUAUAUAGUUUACUUUCUACCAACAUUCAAGAACCUCCAUUAAUUUUUAACGAAGUGCUUUACUCAAAACUUAGUAGCAGCAAUAUAAAAACAACAUUCGCCAAAUUAAAUGCUGAUGACAAAAACAAUAUAAAUAAUGAAUAUAAAGAUGAAAUUAAUAAUAAACAGUUAUUCGAUUCAAAAAAAGAAUCAUAUAAAAAUAGUGUUUAUUCGAAUAUUGACAAAAAUUUUAUAGAUAAACAAGAUAAAAAGCCAGUAUAUUCCUCGUUGUCACCCCAGGGUUACUCAUGGGCUUUGGAUGGAAAAGACAAAAAUAAAAUUGUAACUUUUAUUCCAGAAAAAAAUGUGGAUACUGGUGCUGAAGAUAUAAUAUCUAAUGAAUUAGUAGAACUUAUUAUUUCGGCAGCAAAUCCAAAACUGCAUAUUGAACCAACAAAGCCCGUAAUUUAUUCCACUUCUCCAUCUAAUAUUAAACCACUUAACUCAUAUCCCACAAUAUUACUACCAUCACAAAUCCACUCUAUUUCCUAUAAAAAUGAGGAAUUAUUACAAAAUCCAGUAACAUCACCAAUUGUGCAACCAUCACCUACAUCAGAUAAUAGCAUUGAAAAAUUGAUUAAGAACUUUCUAAAUAAUCUUAUAGAAAAUGGGUUUUUACAGAGCAAAGCAGCAAAUAAUGAACAAUUGAAACCACAAAAACAACAACUACAAAACCAAGAUAUUUUUUUUGCCAGAUCCACCAACACACCAACAACAAAUGCUUUAUACAGCGGUAGUAUUGAAGAUGAAUUAUUUAAAAGUCAACUCACAAAGAAAAAUACAAUAUCAACACCCUCAGUGUCAAAGAAAAAAGUACCAAUCAACACUUUUAUUGAUUUAUCUAACGAUGAUGCUGGACUUACUACUAAAGAAAAUAAAAAAACAAUGGAAGAGAAGGAGAGUAAUUUUGAAAUUGCUUUUCUGAAUUAUAUUCGUUUACAUGAAAAAGAAAUUUUGGACAGCCUAGCAGCUGCAUUUAAGGAAAAACUGAGCAAAAACCUAAACACAGAUUUAAUAGAAAAUGUAAAAAGUAAUACUGCUGAUGUUAGCAAUAAUUUGGAAUAUACUUUAAACGAGCCUAUUAUUUUUCCUGAAAAAAUGUUGGUAGGCAAUGAUAUCAAGUUGAAUGCAGAUGCAGAAAACCAGCAACAACUUUCAGUUGAAGACCUAAAACUGUUUAUAAAUAAACUUUUUCAAGCCUUAGAAGUCAAAAAUACUGAUAUUAAGAGUGAUCCUAUGACUAACUUGAAAAAAAUUUUCAGUAAUUUCAAAACGUUUGAUUUUGAUGGAACACGAGAAGAAAAUAUUAACAAAUAUAGAGAUGAUUCUAUUGGAAAUUUGGUUGAAAAAGUCCCAAUUUUUUCAGACUAUUCUAACGGAAAUAAUUUAGCUAAAGAUAAUGUCCAGACUAUUGGUAUGACUAAUACUGCAGACACUCCAUUUAGAAGUUAUGGAAUAACAGAAAAUAGCCAGAUAGCUUUUGAAAAUAAAAAAACUCAAGACAAAAUAACAGGCAAUUUGCUUUUUGUCAAUAAAGAACAACCAAUAAGUCAAUCAGAUAGUCUGCUUUCUGAUGGAGCAGAUGAAAAAUCAUUUAAUAACUUAGAGAGAACAUCAAAUGAAAUAACAACUAGGAAUGGUAAUUAUCUAAAUUACAUCGGUUUAAUGGAACCAGCAAAAACUUUAGAAACAUCUGUUACAAGUACCAUUAAUGAUUUUAUUUUAAACGAGGUCCCAAGUUCGCCUGGAAAAUUCCAAAAUUUAAUAGAACCAAAAUUGCUAGUGCCGGCAGGGCAUUCCAAAAAUACAUAUACUAAGCUGGAUAUUAAUAAUGGUAAAGUGCUGAAUUCUAGCAGUAGCAAUGCCACACAACAAAACUUGAAAAUAGAUAGUGGUCACAAUAGAUUAAUAAACAAAAUGAAAACAAAUGAAACGGUAGAUUUAGAUAGCAGGAUUGAUAAUAAUGAUGAUAAAGACAAUAACAAAAUGAGCAGAAUAAAAGCUUUUUUUGCCAAGUUUCUGGGGGUUUUCAAAAAAGAUAAUAAAAAAGACAAGAUUAAUGAGGACAUUAAAACACAAGAUGUCUAUAGAAAUGGUAUAAACGAUUUUGAGUUUGAUGAUGUUAAAGAUGUACCAUUUGGAAUAACUGAAUCAGCGGGAAUCCAAAUUAAAACAUGGUCUAUUAUGGGACUGGUUGUGUUGAUUAUUACAACAACAUUACUUUUUUAA